UUCAAAGAAGAAGGACAAAUUAUUAUUCUUUUUUUUUCUUUUUUUUUUUUUUUUUUAAUAUAGAACUUCUUAGGAGUGAAAUAAAAAAGAAGGAAAAAGUUUGCCGUAGAUUUCGAACUCUCUUUUCUAAAAAUCUUUUAGAUUCUUUAUACAAUAUCAAUAUAUACCACAAGUUAGUCACGGAGAGUUAUUUAUUGUUACUACGUAAACGAUAAACGGGUCAAAUCCUGGCGAUUUGCAUUCGCAACUUAACUCCUAAGCGUGACCUCAGUGUCGUGACAUUUUCCCAUUUGUAAUCUUCGUUCUUUGUAUGUAACUUAUUUACAUCUUAUACGUAGUUUAUUCUUAACAAAUACAUUACAUAUAUAUAUAUAUACACACAUAUAUAGAUAUAUGUAUAGGUAAAUUCGUUUUAGAUGGUUUUUGUUUUUCUUAUAAAACUAAAUCCUUUUCUUUCUUUUUUCUUUUUUUUUUUAAUCCUCUUUAUAUAACUAUUUAACGUUCAUAUCUUUUUUUUUUUUAUAAAAUAUAUAUCGUAUCGACGGUACGUAAUUUUAAAUUUUUCUCUCUUAUCGCGCCUAAUGUCACGUGACCCGAACGAUCGACGCGACGCCUAGCGGUAUGAAAAUGACUCCGAAGGCGGAUUUUUCUCGAAGAGAAAACAAAAAACGACGUAGUUCGAUGGAAGUCAUUGUCUCGGUUACCUCGUUGGAAUUUUAUUUAAGGUUACAUCAUGACCGAUAAAAAUAUUCAAACGGAAUCUCGAAAAAUGCGACGAGAUUUCGCAUGUCGGACUAAUGAAGAUGAUCACCGAGAAGAAUAUGUACUUUAUUCGAAGAAGGCACAAAGUUCUGGUAAAAAUUGGAUGGAAUUUUUGUGUUCCCGUCCGAUAAGCAAACAUAUAAAAAAUGAGAACGUAAAGAAGAAAUGAAAGAAAAAAAAGAAAAAAAGAAAGGAAAAGGCUACAAGAUGGACCGUAACAAUAAUUUGGGAAGAAGAAAUUUGUCAGGACUUUCGUACAUCGUUUUAACCAUUUUUUAAAUAAUAAGAAGGAUCCGAAAGUUCGAAGCAAUCUAUUGGAUUACCAAGCGUUAAAUAUCGGAGCCAAUUACUUCAACGUAUUUCGAAAGUAUACUUAAUACGUGAUUUUACGUAGAAUAAAUUAAGCAAGGCAUAGACACAUCGAACAUAGAUAUCAAGAGUGUGGCGGUUUAGUGCAGAAAGUUUUGUGCAGUGAACGGUCGUUAAUAGACCAGUGCAGCAGAGCGGCUCUGAGGAAGGGUAGAGGAGAGGAAGAGGAAGAGAGUUAAUAGUUAGAGCAAAAGAGACGGAAGAAGGCGCUAUAUGCGUUUAGGUACCGGCACGAGUGCCAGCUAAGAGAAAGAAAGAGAAAGAAAUAUACGAAGUGAGAAAGAGAAAAAGAGAAAGAGAGAGAGAGAGAGAGAGAGAGAGUUAGAAGCGGUUAAAGGGAGAAGAGACGGUAUAAAGAGAAAGAGGACUGAUCUUGUGCGUGUACGUGUACGUGUGUGUAAGCGCGUUUCCGCGCGCGUGCGCGCGCGCGUUUUGUGCGUGUGCGUGUUGAACUACACUAUCCUAUCUAUCUAUAUCUAUUUAUCUGUCUAUCUAUCUAUCUAUCUAUUUAUCUGGGUAUUUGUGUAUUUGUGUGUGUGUGUAUUUUGUUUCUCUGUGCGCGCUUGUGUGUAAGUUUUGUACUACAUAGUGGGAGUGACGAGUGUGAAGAAGAAGAAGAAGAAAAAGAAGAAGGAGGAGGAGGAGGAGGAAGAAGAGGAAAAGAAAAAAGGAGAGGUGCUUAGAAGACAUUUAAAAACAUCGAACGAGAUGCAUUUUCACGGUGGCCUAUUGUUGACGAUCUUUCUAAUCGUCCUUUCUUGUCCUUUGACACUUUGGGCACGAAGAGUCGCACCUUUGAUGGAGGACGAUUGGGCCAGGAGGCCCCAUCGAGCUGCCGAAUGCACCUUCGGAAAGCAGAUUCGAGAGUUGGGUUCUACCUGGUUCGCGGAUUUGGGACCACCGUUUGGAGUUAUGUACUGCAUCAAAUGCGAAUGCAUUCCGGUGCAAAAGAAACGACGUAUCAUCGCUAGGGUUCAAUGCCGCAACAUUAAGAAUGAAUGUCCGAAGCCCACCUGCGACGAACCAGUCUUACUUCCGGGAAGAUGCUGCAAAUCGUGUCCCGGUGAUUACAGUACCGACACGGUUCAGGAUCUACCAGCUCAAUUGACGUCGGAGGAAGAGGAACGAAGCUUAAAACAUUUCGGUACGCUGUUAACCGGAAAAACGUCCCAGGCAGUGCGCCGUGAGGACACAGUGCCAACAUCCAAUUAUAACAGCGCCUACAAUUACUUAGCAACCGGCCGUUUCACGUUCCACCGUAAGAAUUUGUAUUAUUCGUUCUACCUAUCAGCUGGGACACCAAGACCAAGGAGUAUACAAUUCAUCGAUGGUUCUGGUAGUAUUUUGGAAGAGCAAACGAUCGAUGCCGCAGGUGGUGUUUAUCAGAAUGCAACGGGGAAAGUGUGCGGUGUUUGGAGACGAGUACCAAGGGAUUAUAGAAAAUUAUUACGCGAAGAACGUCUGCAUGUCUCGUUCAUUUGGGAGCCAUGCGCCAGUUUGACAGGACAAUUGUCCCGCUAUCGAGCUCUAUCUACCGAACAAUUUACAUCCUUGCUGGAACCAACUAUGGGCGUUGACAGAUCGCUUAUGUCAGGUGCAGGUGGUACGGCAAUAGUGUCGGCUUCCUCGGCAUCGGCCCCAUCGAUUCAUGUUUCUUUAAUUUUCAACGGAGUUUUUCUACCAAAUGAUGUCUCCGAAGUGCCAAUAAUCGUACAACUCGAACACGUAGAAAAGGAUUAUGUUGUAUUGAGAGAGGAAAUAGUAAUUAAGAAGCCAUCGAACGAAUUGAACUUUGGCGAAGUCCGAAGCGCUUUAUCCGGAGCUGAUUUGCGUCUUUUGACGCGUGGAAAGUUAUCCAUCAGUAUAAUGUCCCGAAGAGAUCCCCAGGCUUUGAGAUUGUCCGGUAUGGUCGGUCCACGUGUCAGCUGUGACAUGUAUCAGACGUUGUUGAUAUCGGAGAGUCCCUCGAGAGCUUCGGGAUUGGCUUGGGCCUUUCUUGAUCGUACUGGUGCCCUGAGAUACGGCGUUAGAUUGAUAGGUUUGGAAGAGGAAAGUCCAUUGGUAACAUUAGUCGACGAGGGUGGGAAACGUCGUACAGAACUCGAAGAUCUUACUCCAUCUUUACGAGAUGGUUUUGCUAAUGGUACACUCGAUCGACCUGGGCCACGUUUCCUCGAGCCAUUGUUCAACGGUGAACUCUCGGUCGUCGCAGCUUCUCAUUUAGGUUCACUUUUACGUGGCCGUCUUCUUCAAAGGCCAGUUGCCGAUGCCAGGGAUACCGCAGCACCGGUUUUAUUGAGAAGACUUACCGACGAUUCCCAAUAUCCAGCGCUUACAGCUUUGAUUUGGACCGCCGUUGAUCUCGAUUGCGCCCUUCAUUAUGAACUCGAAAUAGCUGGAUUGGAACAACCCAAUAUGAGCUCGAACGCCGAUCAAGAACCACGUACUUUCCGUUUGUAUUUGGAAACCAUGCCGCUUCUCGCUCAGGGUGCUCCAGUAGCAAGGAGACUCCUCGAGGAAUUCACAGGAAACGUUCUCGAGGGAUCCGUCACUGGACUCUCACCUGUAGAAUUAUACAGGAUCGAGUCUGGCAUUGGCUUUCUCGAAGUGACGGACAAACAAGCGGGCAGUUUACUGAAGGCACCAUUUAAGGCCAGGGCACCUCUCAGUUGUCUGCCCCAUUACGCCGACAACGACGUUGCCUCGGUCGUUGCUUACAAUCUUCAUCCGCCAAGAUCGGAAAUCGAAACUGGCGCUUGUUUUCAUGAGACCAGAUUCUACGAGGAGGGUACUCAAUGGACAUCCGCCAACGAUCCGUGCUCCAUGUGUCACUGUUAUCGUGGAUUGGCUCAAUGCGAUCCGGUACCUUGUCCAGUCCUUGCCUGUUCUCAGGGCAAACAGCUUAAACCAGCGGCAGGGCAUUGCUGUCCUAUCUGCUCGGUUACAGCGACGAAUGGUACUACUACUACCAUUACUACUACCACUAUCACGGGCAAGAGCAACGUCACUUACGUAGGAAGAAGUUGCAUACUAGCUGGUCAAUAUCAUCCAGCUGGAGCGUCAUGGCAUCCUUAUCUACCACCGGUUGGAUUCGACACUUGUGCCGUUUGCACCUGCGACGCUGUCACGUUGGAGGUGAAAUGCCCGAGAGUGCAGUGUCCGCCAUUGGAUUGCGACGAGAAGAUCGCCUUUAGGCCUGACAAAAAGGCAUGCUGUAGGCAAUGUCCUAGCACGACACCAAGUUCGGCCAACGGAUUGAACGGCAAUUCGGAUGGUAUGAGUUUGCCACGCGAUCAGGCGGCACCCUCGACCCGUCGUUCACCCGAAGAAAUUUUAGCAACUGGUGGUUGCAAGUAUCCCCUUGGUGGGCCAUACGAGAACGGCAUGGAAUGGCAUCCAAGAGUUCACUCUCAUGGGGAAAUGAAAUGCGUUAAGUGUCGAUGCAAGAAUGCCGAGGUCAGGUGCGAAAGGAAACGCUGUCCAAGAUCUCUCUGCAACUCGAUAGCGCAUCAGAUAAAACGUGGCGACUACACCGUGGCAGACGCCGACGAUUGUUGUACGGCACAAUGCCGUCGUUCGAGACGUCAUCAUCAUCGUAACAACAAUCAUCAUCCCCCGAGGCAUUCGGUCUCCCCAAGAGAAUUGAGCUGAGUACUGCGAGAGGACAGAAUCUUCUUUUCUUCAAAUCAGGGGUGGGGAGACGGGCGGGGUGGGGGGAGGAAGAAGCGAGUUCUUUUUUUCUUUCUUUCUUUUUCUUUUUUUUUUCUCCCUUUUCUUUUUUUUUUUGCUCCUCGAUAAAAGAAAAAGAAAAGCCGAGUGACUCGUUUGUGUUUCUUGUUGCUCUUAUACAGAGAAAGAACUAUUAUUAUUCUACUUUUGCCGCAGCACUGUUACGUAUAAUAUUUUUAAUGUUUAACGUACAUAUAUAUAUACUCAUAUACAUAUAUGUAUAUAUAUAUAUAUUUGUCCUAAUCCUCGUUAACCGAGGACCAAUCUAAUGGAAUUCGGAAAAGUAGAGAACGAGGAAAGGGGAAAAAAAGGGUAUAGGGUCGAGAGUAUAUCGAUUCUUACUGGGUAUUUAACACGAUGGGAAUGAAUGGAGAGAGAAAAGUUCAUGAACACCCAACGAAAGAAAAAGCGAGGAGACUCUCUCUUUCUCUGUCUCUAUCUAUCUCUUUCUCUCUCUCUUUCUGCCUCUCCCUUUCUCUCUCUCCCUCUCUCUCUCUCUCUCUCUCCCGUGGUCUUCGUUCUCGCAAUCGUUCAUACGUCGAACCGGACCCCAUGGCACCCAGAAGCCCGCAGCCAGACGUUUUAUUAAUCAAUUGGCUCUCAUCAAGAGAUAAACGAAACGGAAGCUAAACUGCUCUCUAUUUACGAGCUACUAUACGGUACGGCAACUUUUCGAACACAAAAAAAAGAAAAAAGAGAUGAAGGAAUAAAAAUUAAAGGGGGAGAAAAAAAAGAAGAGAAACUGACAAUGACGACGGUGACGACGUGGACAACGAGGACGACAACGAUGACGAAGACAAUGAUGACGACGAUGACAGGAUAGGAUGAAUGAUGAUGAGAGGGGGAGAUGAAACUUUAGUCGUAACGGUAUCGCAGUGCUCUACUGUACCCACCAACCUCAUCGAGUUACCCAGCAACCAAAGAAGACUGAAGAACCUCCGAUGGCGACAUCAGUUAUCAUAAUGCGAUAUCACUUGCUUCAUAAUCUUACUAAUUAUUUCAGCUUAUUAUUAUUAUUAUUAUUAUUAUUAUUAUUAUUAUUAUUAUUAUUAUUAUUUUUAUUAUUAUUAUUAUUAUUAUUAUUAAUAUUGAUAUUAUUAUUAUUAUUUUUAUUAUUAUUAUUAUUAUUAUUAUUAUUAUUAUUAUUAUUAUUAUUAUUAUUACUACUACUUACUACUACUACUACUAUUACUACUACUAUUACUACUAUUAUAACUACUAUUAGAUGUAUUGUUGCUAUUGUCGCUAUUAGUACGAGCUAUUGCGGUAAAAUUUAUUUCUUAGAACCGCAGAUAGAUAACGUUACCUAUACCAUUGUAAAUAUCGGAUUAUCGUUCCAUCCAACAUUAAUUAUCUCUCAUUCAUUGCUUACAAUUCUUCGUUUUGGCAAUGCCAAACAAUUUCAUAUAGUUCUAUCCUUAUUUUUGUGUAAUCGCUUUUCUUUAACAAUUGCGUAUUUAUUAUCGUUUCUCUUAGCUCUCUCUUUCUCUCUCUUUUUAUUUCUCUAUCUAUCUAUCUAAUCUGUCUAAUCUAUCUAUCUAUCUUGCUGAUGAGUUUUAAUAGAAAAUUUAGUUUCGCUAUUUAAUCCGAAAAACGAAACAUUCGCAAAGAAAUGUUUCGUAGUAUUCUAACGUCAUGAAAAGCUUAGUAGACCGCUUGACAAGGUGAACGCUAUUAGCACUACUUCCCUCCUCCCAUCUCCCAUCUCCUCCUCCCACCCUGAACAACCCCAAAAUGCAAUAAACGUAAUACACUUAUUGUUAAAGAGGUUGGAGUCGCGGUACGUGAUCAGUGCUGGUCUGUUGUUAAUUUAAAAAGAAAAAAAGAAAGGGAAAAAACAUAAAGAGAAAAGGACAAAAAAUAAAAGAGAAAAAAAAUUAACACGCACAAAAAAGAAAGAGAGAAAGAAAGAAAGAAAAAAAGAAAGAAAGAAGUUACGGAAGAGAGAGGGUUGAAAAAAAAAGUAGAAGAAGAAAAGAAACUGUUCGGUGUCGGUUGGUUAUCUAGUAUUUUUUUUUUUUUUUUUUGGUAAGCGUGCGCUUGAAUCGUCACAUCUUUUCCAAUGAUGAACGACGAAUCUGUAAAAGUUGUAUCUAAACGUAAAAUGUUUGAUUGACGUAAGUAAAUAAAUUAGUAAGUAAUUAAGUAAGUAAGUAAGUAAAAGCAGACGGAAGGAGUAACAAUAAAACGAAUGAACGACGGAGAGAGGGGGAAAAAAAGAGAAAAAAAAAAUAGAGGAAUAAAGAAACGAGAAAAAAAAAUGGAGGCUCGUACUACGUUGUCGCGGCAGCUGGCAGGCCUGGUUGCUUUUUCGAAAAAAAAGAAGAAGAAGAAAAAAGAAAAAAGGCAACGAUUCCUUCCCGUCGUCCAUAAAUCAAAUCGGGGAGCACAAAUUUCUUCUACGGUGUUUCCUUUUCUUUUCUUUUCUUUUUUUUUGGUUUUUUAUUUUUGAUUUUUGAUCCUUUCUUUCUUUCUUUCUUUCUUUCUUUCUUUCUUUCUUCUUCGAACGUCGUAAUAAUUUUGCUCGUUGGAAUAUUUUGUUAAUGACGGAAAAUAUUUCUUUCUUUUCUUUAAUUUCUUUCUUUAACAUGCACACACACACACACAUACAUAAACAUACAAACUUAACAUAUAUACAUAUUUUCUACGGAAAGCGUUGAUCCGCUAUUUACCGUUCGUGCCUUUUAAUUAAUUAAUUAAUUAAUUAUGUGCAUGCAUUAGUCCGAUACCAUUAACUAUAGUAUUAGGAUAUAGGAUUUUACUUAUGAUUAUCACGGACAGUCUGUUGAUUGUUGACAAUUUUGUACAUAAAACGUAGAUGAAAAAGCAGAAGAAGAAGAAGAAGAAGAAGAAGAAGAAGAAGAAGAAGAAGAAGAAGAAGAAAGAGAAGAAGUAGAAGAUGGAGUGGAAAAAAAAAGAAGGAAAUAAACGAACGUAUAUAAUGUGUAACGAAAUUAUGCAUCUAUCGGUAUGCUAAUGAACGAUCGAUUAUUAUUAUUAAUUAUUAUUAUUAUUAUUAUUAUUAUUAUUAUUAUUAUUAUUAAUAUUAUUUAUACAGCUCGAUAGUUUAUAAUAUAUCCUCAUCGAACCCGCGAUAUACGGGAUUUGAUGUAACAAGUUAUCAUUUGUAAUUAUAGUUAUUAUUAUUAAUGUCAUUAUUAUUUAAAGUCAUCACCACUUACGUAUGCAUGUUAUCGAUCUUUAUCUAAUUUUCUUUUCUUUUCUUUUCUUUUUUUCUUUUCUUUCAUUUUUUUUUCUUUCUUGUAGACUUUAGUUUUACAAAAUCUUUUGAGUUAAAUCAAAUGGCAAUGCUUUUUAGACAAUCAAAUCGAUCAGAUCUUAUAAUGAUUAGGAUCAAUUUCUAAAAUCAUUGAUUAUUCUACGAAUCGAAAAUCUUUGAGAUAUUAUUUAAUAAUCGUUAUUCAGUAGGACGUAAAAAUUCCUUUUGAUCGUACUUUUGUUAAAACUAUGGAUAUUGUAUUGUGCCAAAAACAAUUGAUAAUUAAUUAAUUAAUUAAUUAGUUAAUUAUCGAUUUAUCAUCAUUACCUAAUUUAGACUUAUUGCCAUUAUCUCUAACUCCUAAUUGUAAUUUCAUUAUCAAUGUAUCACAUACAUUCAGAUUAUUAUCUUUCUUGUUACGCCGAAAGUGAAAUAACGUACCUAACUGUUGACACUGCUAAUUAAUACAAUGAAGCUUAAAAUAGCGAAAGAAAAUGUAUGCCGAUUGCAGUAUUUUCAUUAAUAAAAUAAAUUUACUCCA